AUUGAUUCAGGAAGUGAAGUUAGUAAUUUUAUGGGGAUCUCAGGGCCUGAAGAUAAUCGGAGUGAAGGGGCUUCCAGGUUGGUAAUCAUGUCUGAAGAUGAAAACAACUGGCUUGCAACUGAUGUUGUAGUCGGGAAAAGGGAAGAGGAUGGUUCCUCAUCAUUGGAGGGCGAUCAAGUUCUUGAUAGCUCAUGUUCUUUGUCUGUGGUGAGUGAUACUAGUAGCAUAUGUGGAGAUGAACUAUUGGGUUUUGAGAUCAAUCCUGAAACAGGAAUACCAAAUUUCGUAGAUAUUGAACCUAUUGCAAAAACCAGAGAUUUGGGAGAGCGAAUUGUUAGUGGGAUUGUGGUUGAUUCUCUAUCUUUGGUGGUAGAUGAAGGGGAAAAUAUUGUAGAUGGUGCAAACUCAAAGUCUUCUACAGUUGUUGCUCAGUUGGAUAAAGGGUUAAGUGGAAGAGUGAGCCACAGUGUUUUUGAGGUUGAUUAUGUACCGCUCUGGGGACUCACGUCUAUUUGUGGUCGAAGACCAGAAAUGGAAGAUGCAGUUGCGACUGUGCCCAGGUUUCUGAAAGUUCCUCUGCAAAUGUUAAUUGGUGACCAUGUACAUGAUGGAAUGACUCAGCCGUUAAGUCAUUUGACGACCCACUUUUUUGGAGUCUAUGAUGGUCAUGGAGGCUCUCAGGUUGCAAAUUAUUGUCGGGAUCGCAUUCAUUCUUCUUUGGCUGAGGAGUUGGAAGUUAUUAUGGCCAAUCUAAAUGAUGGAAAUAGCAAGGACAGUUGUGAAGAACAAUGGAGAAGAGCAUUAACUGAAUGUUUUCUCAAGGUUGAUGAUGAGAUCGGAGGGAAAGCUAGCCUUGAACCUGUUGCUCCAGAAACUGUAGGAUCAACUGCUGUUGUUGCCAUAGUUUGUUCGUCACACAUCAUUGUUGCUAAUUGUGGCGAUUCAAGGGCUGUCCUAUGCCGUGGUAAAGAGCCCAUGGCGCUAUCUGUGGAUCAUAAACCAAAUCGAGAAGAUGAAUAUGCCAGAAUUGAAGCAGCUGGCGGAAAAGUAAUUCAGUGGAAUGGACAUCGUGUUUUUGGGGUCCUUGCAAUGUCAAGGUCUAUUGGAGACAGAUAUUUGAAACCUUGGAUUAUUCCGGAUCCUGAAGUAAUGUUCAUCCCUCGAACUAGAGAAGAUGACUGUCUUAUUCUGGCUAGUGAUGGCUUAUGGGAUGUCAUGACGAACGAGGAGGCUUGUGAUAUGGCUCGCAAAAGGAUUCUCGUCUGGCAUAAAAAUAAUGGGGCAACACUUCCCUUAGAAAGGGGUGAAGGAACUGAUCCAGCAGCUCAAGCUGCUGCUGAGUACCUGUCUAACCGUGCUCUUCAAAAAGGCAGCAAGGAUAACAUUAGCGUAGUUGUGGUCGAUUUGAAAGCUCAAAGAAAGAUUAAGCGGAGGACCUGACAGAGGACUAUUUCUCGAUCUCAUGCUUUAUAUACUAUCGUAGGUUGUAUUUUUCUUUCGUUUCAGUAUAGCCCUUCCAUUUUCAACACGGGUUACAGCUUCAUUAAAGUGGAAGUUUCUCUGGGCAUCUCUGGCAAAUCUUUUGGAUUUCUUCCAAUGUAAAUCGUAGCUAUCUGAAGUAGGAAUAGGUGCCUCGGGAAGUGGUCCUCGGUCCUCCGAGAAUCAGGGGUAUUAUAGUCACUUGAAUUGCUUAUCAUGCCUCCCGAUCGAACUGUUCUGUGAGGUAUGUCUCAUUCUGUUAUUUCUACUACGUGAUGCCUUUACAUUGAAUGAAAUAGCAUUAGACGUUGAAUAAUGCAAUGAUAAUUUGUGGAGUAGAUCAGAUGAUGAACAUUUUUUACAUUUGUACCUGUGAUUGCAUAAUUUGAUGGAACGUUCUUGAUUA